UGCCCCGGAAGCAGGCGGCGGGCCGGGCCGAGCCGAGCCGAGCCGUGCCGGGCCGCGCUGCGCUGCGGGUUGGGCCGGCACCGAGCGGCACGGCGGGGCGAGGGGCGAGGGGCGAGGGCAGGGCGAGCCCGGCCCGGCCGAGCGAGGGGACCCCGCCGCCCUGCGCCCGGCCCCGCUCUGGCUUCGGGCCCCUUCUCCCUGCGCUGCGGCGGGCGGAGGCGGCGGAAGGAGAAGCCCAUGGAGGGGAACCGGGACGAGGCGGAGAAGUGCAUCGGCAUCGCGCGGGAGGCGCUGGAGGCCGGCGACCGCGACCGCGCCCUCCGCUUCCUCGGCAAGGCCCAGAAGCUCUACCCCACCGACACGGCCCGAGUUUUGUUGGAAGCUAUUACGAAGAAUGGAAGUACUGCUGGGGGAGGCGCCUACUGCCGAAAACCAGCCGGUAGCAAUGAUCAAAGUAAGCCCAAUAGCACGAAGGAGAGCAAUGCAUCUGCUGCGAGUGAAAGUGGAAAAGGCUACACCAAAGACCAAAUGGAAGGAGUAUUCAGUAUAAAGAAAUGUAAAAAUUAUUAUGAAGUCCUUGGGGUGUCAAAGGAUGCAGGUGAAGAAGACCUAAAGAAGGCUUACAGAAAACUUGCUUUGAAAUUCCAUCCAGACAAAAACCAUGCACCUGGAGCAACAGAGGCUUUUAAAAAAAUCGGAAAUGCCUACGCUGUGCUGAGUAAUCCAGAAAAACGAAAGCAGUAUGACCUUACAGGCAGCGAAGAGCAAACUUGCAAUCACCCUAGCAAUGGUAGAUUCAACUUCCACAGAGGCUGUGAGGCAGAUAUUACUCCAGAAGAUCUAUUCAACAUGUUUUUUGGAGGGGCAUUUCCAACAGGUAAUGUACACUCAUUUUCUAAUGGUCGUGCUGGCUACAGUCAUCCCAAUCAGCACCGUCAGAGUGGACAUGAGAGGGAGGAAGAGAGGGGUGAUGGAGGUUUCUCUAUGUUCAUUCAGCUGAUGCCCGUUAUCGUGCUGAUCCUUGUCUCCUUGUUGAGCCAGCUGAUGGUAUCUAACCCUCCUUAUGCCUUAUACCCAAGAUCAAGUACAGGUCAGACAAUUAAAAUGCAGACAGAAAAUUUGGGUGUGGUUUAUUACGUCAACAAGGACUUUAGAAAUGAGUACAAAGGAGUGUCAUUACAGAAAGUGGAAAAGAGUGUGGAAGAGGAUUAUGUGUCCAACAUUCGUAAUAACUGUUGGAAGGAGAGGCAGCAAAAAACAGACUUGCUUUAUGCAGCAAAAGUUUAUCGAGAUGAUCGUCUCCGAAAGAAAGCAGAUUCCAUGUCCAUGGACAACUGCAAAGAACUAGAACGGUUGACCAGCCUCUAUCGAGGAGGAUGAGCAACAAUUGUACACAUACAUCUUUACGUAUGCCGUUAUUUCUCUUGUAAAUUAAGAAGAGAUUUAGUUUCACCAUGAAUGCUGGAAAAGAGGGGUGGAUGUAAAACUCUACUGUGUAGCUGUUUCCAGAAACCUUAUACUGAAAUAUCAUUUAAUGGCUUCUUUACCUACUGUGAAAUAUAGGUAACUUUAAUUGUCUAGAUUUUACUUCAAAGCUUCUGUGAAUUCUUUCAGCGGAGAGAACAGCUCAGAAAGGAUGCUAUACUUGUAGAGACUUAGUCAUAGUGGUUCUCCUCUACCAUAUUUGCCAUGUAAAUAUCUGUGGAAAGAACACUUUGUGUAUAUACGAGUUAAAUGACUUUCUAUUUAAAAUCUCAGAAAUUUAGUUCCAUACAACAUUUUGUCUCACUGAUGGAAUAAAUAGUAUGAUUACAUCACUCCUGUUCAGAUGUCAAGUGUGUGGAGUUGAAACAAGAUUUUUUAAUAUUUUAUCUCUAACUCUAUGUAAAAUCUUUAAGGUUUGUCAGCUUAGAAGAACUUGGUAUUUUUAAAUAUAAUAGCAUAUAUUCCUAAUUAUCUGUUGGGGUGUAUUGAUCUGGUGUAGAGUAGCAGUUCGCUGUUGUAGUUUUUUAGUGUUUCUAAGCAAUGCAGAGAAAACUAAGAAAAACACUAAUCUCUUUUCAAAGUAAAUAUUUGCAAAUUCUGUACAGACCAUUGAAAGCAUUGCUUUUAGUACUUGCAAAAGUUUACAGCAGCUCUCCCAUUUGGUAUUCCAGCAGCAGUAAAUCCAUAUGUAUGGAUAACACGCAUCUAUAGCUUCCUUAAUUUUCACUGGAAAGGUAGACGAAAACAUGCGAUAGUAAAUCUCAAAAGCUCUUAAAAAAAAAAAAAAAAGGCAGCCUUUUUUUUUCUGGGAGACUUCCAUUUUCUUACUAUUUUUUUAUUUCAAGCUAGGUCCUAACAGUGAUUCCUCAAUGGGUACCACAAGUGGAGCAUGGAAAUACUGCUAAGGACAAGCUUUGUGCCUUUCUACACUUUUGCCAACUGUUUAAAUGCUUGCUGGCUUGCAGUAUGCUCCUAUGGUCGGAGCCAUGUCACUUGUCCCGGGCCAAGAACAAGAAAUAUGCAGAAUGAUGCUAUUACUUUCAGAAGCAUAAAGAUUAACCUGCUCUAAAUAUGGCCUGCAAACAUUCUUUUAAUAUUUCAAGUGGGUGUUUCUCUCCUCGUGAUUUUCUCAAGUCUUUUUUCUCAAGUCUGAAGGUUUUUUUCUUCAGAAAUGUUACUGUCUUCCCUGGUCUUGCUAAAUGGAAUCUGCUGGAAAAUUCAGAACAAGUUUUCUUGUGAGCAAGAUGCUGAUUGAAGAGUGUGGAGUACUGGAAUCUUUUCAGAUGACCUUUCCUCAGAAGGUGAAGUUCUCAUUAAAAUAAGAUAUUGGCAAGAAAAGGGAAAAAUUAAAUUGUGUUUUUGAAAAUCCCUCAAGUUUACUAGCUACUAAGAAUUAACUUCUUACUCUUUUUAUUUCGUUAUGACCUGUGUUGAAUCUGGAAUUAAAGAUAGCACAAGCGUGG